AUGGACGGCGUCCGGAGCUUAGCACAGUCCCUGGGAGCCGAAGAUGGCGGCCGGAGCAACCUUUUCCGCACGCUUGGCCCGGCGCUCUUCAUCUCGAUUGGGUACAUCGACCUCGGCAAGUGGGUCACCACCGUGGACGCCGGCUCUCGCUUCGGCUAUGAUCUCGUGCUGCUCGUGCUGCUCUUCAACUUCUCCGCCGUCCUCUGCCAGUACCUCUCCAUAUGCAUCGGCAUGGUCACUACCAAGAAUCUUGCCCAGAUAUGCGUCCAGGAGUACAGUCAGCCAAUAUGUGUUGGCCUUGGUGUUCAGGCAUUGCUGUCCUUGUUAACUGCAGAGAUUACCAUGAUAUCAGGCAUUGCAAUGGGGUUUAACCUUGUAUUCGAGUACGAUGACCUUGUCACAGGCAUAUGGUUUGCAAGCUUUGCAGUUAAUCUACUACCAUAUGCGAUCUCCCAUCUGGUAAUUUUAAUAAAAACUGCAUCUCGUACAAGGAACCUUCUCAAAUUCUUACGUGCGCUUGGCUCCUGCUUCUGCCCAUUACAGGACAAGAAGAUGGCUGGAAUAUUCAAUGCCUGCAUAGCAGGUCUCGCACUUGUUUGUUUCGUGCUUGGUUUAUUGGUCAGUCAACCAAGAGUUCCUCUCGAUAUGGAUGUGAUGUUCCCCAAGUUGAGUGGUGAAAGUGCCUACUCGCUCAUGGCACUUCUGGGUGGAAAUGUAAUAGCGCACAACUUCUAUGUUCAUUCAUCAUUUGUACAGGCUCAAAGAAGAUCCCCUGUUACACUUGGGGCCUUAUUUCAUGACCACCUUGUUUCGAUCUUAUUUAUUUUUUCUGGGGUUUUUCUUGUGAACUAUGUUCUGAUAAGCUCAGCAGCAGUUGGAUCCGGUGAUACACUGCUCCUGACCUUUCAAGAUGUUGUAGAGCUAAUGAACCAGAUAUUCAUGAAUCCUGCAGCGCCGCUUGUGUUCUUAAUGGUUCUUCUCCUUUCGAGCCACAUCGUCUCACUGUCAUCUAUUAUUGGUAGCCAUGCAAUUGUAGAGAAUUUCUUUGGUAUAAACCUUUCUCUUUCGGCACAUCAUCUGCUACUCAAGGUUUUUGCCAUGAUUCCUACAAUCUACUAUGCAAAGGUUGCGGGCUCAGAAGCGAUAUAUCAGUUAAUUAUCAUCUGUCCAGUCAUCCAGGCUAUGCUCCUUCCUGCGUCUGUUAUACCUGUUUUCCGGGUUGCUUCCUCAAGAUCAAUAAUGGGCAACUACAGAAUAUCUUCAUCUGUUGAAAUAUUGGCCUUUCUCGCAUUUCUUCUCAUGCUAUUUACAAACAUCAUUUUCAAGGCAGAAAUCCUGUUUGGUGAUAGCACCUGGACAAACAGCAUGAAAGGGAACACCGGGAGCCCUGUUGUACUUCCAUAUACUCUUAUCGUCCUAAUUUCAUGUUCAUGUCUUCUGUUUACACUGUUUCUGGCUGUUACUCCACUGAAGUCUGCAAGUAAUGAAGCUGAAACUCUGGAGUUCUCUAUGCACUCUCAGAGAGAACCAUUGGGCAGUACUCACCAUAGAGAAGAUGUUUUUCUGGAAGAUGUUGCCCAUGAAGAAGUUCAAAGGUCUUCUACUGAUGCUAUUCUCAGGGAUCCAAUGGAAAGUCAUCAAAGUCAUCAGAAAUCAGCUUUGGAGCAUACUGAAAGUUCUGACACCACUGUAGAGUCUGAUCCUGACAGUCAACAAUCAACUGCUUAUGCAGUGAGUACUCCUAAAGCUCAACCCUCACCACCUGUCUACCAUGAAGAGCCAAAACCAGUUUGUGUGGCUGACUGGACAGAGUCGGUACCAAAGGUUUCUACAGCCAGUGAAGUAGAACAUAUUCAUGCAGAGAACAUCAAACGGAAGAGCGCAACUGAAAAAGAUGUUGAAGUAGUAGCAGAAGUUUGCAGGGACAAGGAUAGUGUUGCCUCACAUAAUUUGGAACAUGAGAAGUCUGCUGGAGGCAGAGCACCUUCCAAUCCUGAUGGUCCACCAUCUCUUACUUUCAGCAGGGGAAAAGACUCUGAUGCUGGCAGUGGCAGCCUCUCGACACAGUCUGGUUUGGGCCGUGCUGCAAGGAAGCAGUUAGCAGCACAUCUUGACGAGUUCUGGGGGCAUCUUUUUGAUUAUCAUGGUAAGCUUACACAAGAUGCUAAUGAAAAAAGGUAUAACUUUUUGCUCGGACUGGACUUGAGAGCAGCUAAUUCUGCUGUGAGGGCUGAUAACCAAACCAUUGAAGCUUCAAAGAGCCCCUUGAUGAGAGAUGCGCUGCGAGCAUCAGCUACCUCACUGAACUCGUGGGACUCGAUGUCCCGUGAUAAGGAUAUCCGUAGUCUAGACUGGAGUUCUGGGCAUCAGAUGGGUCCAAUGGGUUCAUCCAACUGGUCUCAGAACAUGAAUUCACCAUAUACAGACAUUUUGAGUUCAAGCAGCAGCUUACUUGAGCAAAAUCCAAAAUACUAUUCAAAUUUCAAUAUGCCAUCUUACUCUGAUAAUCAGUUCUAUCAGCCUGCUACUAUUCAUGGAUAUCAGCUGGCAUAUUUGAGAGGGAUGAAUGCAAGUAGAAAUCAGCACUCUAACAUCCCCCUGGAUCCAAGACGGGUUCCUAGGUUAUCUGAACAUUCUUUUCCUAACUAUGCUGAUCCUGUUAUGCAUGCCCGCAACCAAAAUUUACGGGGUUCAUUGGGAGCUAACUCUCCACAAAGCCCAGCAAUGAAUCGCUUCAAUGCAACGGUCGAGAGACCUUAUUAUGAUUCUACCUCUGUUGAUGAAAGUGAAAGUGUUGGCUCACCUGGAUACUCAAAGAAGUAUCACAGUUCACCUGACAUAUCUGCAGUAAUUGCUGCAAGCAGAAAGGCUGCGUUGAACGAAGCAAAUUUUGGUGGUGCUGCCGGAAAUCAAGCAUACCCAAGUAAGCUGGCAUCUGAGAGAUCACAAUAUGUGGAGUCGGCAGCCAGGUCCAAAGCCCAAAUUGCAUUUAAUGAGCGCUCACAACAUAAUCUCCAAAGAGAUGUCCUUUCUAUGCAGUUGGGUAUGAACCCCAACAAUAAAUCCCUUUGGGCCCAACAACCGUUUGAACAGCUGUUUGGUAUGUCAAGUGCAGAAUUGAAUAAGAGCGAGGUGAACACUGGCCAGAGAUCAAGUGGCAUGACAAAGGAUGAUUCCUCUUACACAGAGUGUGAGGCAGAGCUUCUUCAAUGUCUUAGGCUCUGCAUCAUGAAUAUCUUGAAACUGGAAGGAUCAGGAGGGCUCUUUAGGCAAAAUGGUGGUUGUGAUGAAAAUUUAAUUGAUCAAGUUGCAGCAGCUGAGAGACUUUCACAAGAAACAACUGAGAAUCUGUUGUCGGCUGAUCUUCUGCGCAUGCGCGGUUGUGGUGAAACCUGCGUUUGGCAGGCUACCCUGGUUGUUAGUUUUGGUGUCUGGUGUAUCCGCCGGGUACUGGAUCUUUCCCUUGUGGAAAGUAGACCGGAACUUUGGGGGAAGUACACAUAUGUUCUGAACCGUCUUCAGGGAAUCAUUGAACCCGCCUUUUCCAAGCCCCGGAAACCUCUCACCGGGUGCGCAUGCCUUCAGAUAACAGGCCCGGGUGCCAGGCCCAUUUCUGGCACCUUCACCACUUCAGCUGCCAUCUUGGAGACGAUCAGGGACGUGGAAGUAGCUAUCUGUGGACGCAAGGGUCGAAGCGGAACAGCCGCAGGAGACGUAGCUUUUCCUAAAGGGAAGGAGAACCUGGCUUCAGUUCUCAAGCGGUACAAGCGUAGGCUGUCGAGCAAGCCGUCUGCUGGGCAGUAG